UGCGGUCUGUAACAAGUUUAAGGUGAACCAUGAGUGCCAGAAACAGAUCCUGCUCUUCCUCCAUUCUCCAAGCAUGCAGUUCAUCAUCCUUUACCAGACAGCCUUCUCGUGUGUUGAUAGUAGAUGCUUCGCCUCCCUGGUGGUCAGAGACAUGUACUAUUCUGUGUCAGGCCCUAGAGAAUUUCUUUUUUCUGGCCAGCAGCCUGGCAGGACCUGCUCGUUUGCCACUGCUAAGCGUCUUUGCCAUCAGUGUACAGCUGGAGUGUCUCUUACCCUUUGUGCAAGUUAAGGGCAAUUUGACACGUCUGCUGUCCUGUAUAGACGAGCUGCGUUCUCUGCCUCAAGAGGGCUGCGUUCGGCAACGAGGUGCACUUCUUAAACAGGCAGUGCUGGACAGCCUGCAACAGUUUAAACAAUACAUGUGCCAUACAGCUCAUGGGGACUUCAACAGCAACUGUGUGGAGGUGACGGUAUUAACCUGUCAGCCAGGACAGACAGUCCUCCGACAGCUGGAGCAGGGCCUGAUAAACUCUGAUCUGAUUAGUCUGCGCAGGCUUCUGGUGGUUCACAUCACAUUACAGCAGAGUCUCUCAGACAGAUCUCCAGCCUGUAGCCUUGAGACACCAUCUUCAGAAGAUGACCAAGAAGAGAGCCUGAUGCUGGGUACAGAGAUGGAUCUGCAGCUGGUGGAGGGCACAGUUGUGGCCUUGGAGAACUCUCUGAAAAUGUGGCUACAUGACCAGGGCGGAGACAGAGAACACCUGCACUUGUUGUUACCCGCUUCUCUCACAUCACAGGGUUCUACACCACACCCUGUCUGUUUGAAGUGUGACAUGCAGGAGAGACUUCUCAGCCCAGCCCUACUUCCCAGCACGCCUGACCUUGGAGCGAAGACUGAGAGCAUGCAAGAUUUCCAGCCCCCAAACAAGAAUCUGGCCAAACAGAACCCCUCGCCGCAGUGUCUGCGAGUCGUCAAAGUUCUUCAUGCCAGUGGAGUGUGUCAGUCUGUGCUGUAUGGACUACCACUCAUCAUCAAACCAACCUCAUGCUGGCAGCUGGACUGGGAUGAAAUGGAAACAAACCAACAGACAUUUCAUGCUCUCUGCCACAUACUAAAAACCCGUGACUGGUUCCUUUUGGUGCGCUCAGAGUCUGGGUCAGGUUCAGGUUCUGCUGUGUUUUCCUACUAUAUACUUCAGUCCUCUGGUUCACUCUCUCUGCUUUUGAAACCUGUGCUGACACGAGAACUUACGCUACCCUGCUGCCUGCCUGUCUCAAUGGAGGACCCACCACUUCCUGCACUUGCCUCUGUGGAGGGUCGGCAGUCUCAGAGUCGCGUGCGAGCCACAGUGGCCCCGCUGCCUUCCAUCCCUUUAAACAAGAUGCCUCGCCAUUUACUAACCCUCAGCCACUCCCGACCCUGUGCUCCUGCCCUCUUUUUCCAGGACAACUAUGAGGAGGAAGACCCUUUGAUGAUCCAGUAAGGAGAAAGAGAGAAAGUAUAAAACUUUCACUAUAAGAGGAAAUUGCACAUUCACAUUCACACUCACACUGACUGACACCAACAGUUUCUAAACUCCCACAGACAGGAUGUUACAUAUUUGCACAUGACCUGAUAUACACUUAUUAUAUGUACAGCUAAUUUGAAAAAUAUAUUUGCUAUACAAAUUUGGUUUACUAUUCAGAGAACACUGUACUGUGCAAUGGAGAACAGUACUAAAUUUAGAUUCUCUCAUCUAACGCAGAGCAAGUUUUAAACACUCAAUAUACACCUUAAGCUAGCUAUACAGACCAUACCUUAUUUCUAACAAGACGAGGGCUGGCUAGGUUAAGUCAAUUGCUCGGUUUUCAGAAUACAGUUUAGUAGUGCAACAUCAAAGCUCGAUUUAUCUUCUUAAAUCUGAAAAACAUUACAGCACAGAUUAAAUAACCUCAUUACUACUCCAAAUAAAAACUUCAGCAACUUUGAGACUGACACUGCAAAAUCAACCCUCAUAUUUCAGACACUCAGUACGGAAAAAAAACAAGCUGUUUUGUUACCCUGAUAUUUGAAAUUAAACCAGUCCUCAUAGUAACUAGCAUGAUUUCACUCUUGGAGACGUAAUUAAACUAACGUUGUUCCAUACGGUUUAACAAAGCCUGCACCGCAACUGGGAAAAAAUAUAUAAUUGCGAACUGCUGAGGCUGCAAAAAGAAAUCAAACACAAAACCACAGAAUUGUAAAAAGACAAGAAGAAAGGCUGUUUAAAGAGAAAGAACUGCCUUCUCAGUUUAAAUGCUGUGGCUAGAAGGCUCUGUAGAGAGUUGAGGAGGAAGAAGGCCAGAGUAGUGGAAAAGUAGAGCCAUUGUCUUCCUUUAUGGAAGCCUCCAGUGCAGCCCCAAGGGAGACACACUGUACUCAGCUGAGCAGGAAUUCAAGACCUUCAAUGAGUUACAGAAAGCGAAGAGAGGGGAAAAGAAAGAAAGAGGUUGCUGUCUAGCCCCGUGACCUCUUAGAACAAGGUUCAGCUUUGGAGGCGCUGGUUUAGAGUUGCGAGAGCUGUGGGACGUGAUUCUGAAUGCAGACUGAGGUCAGAGCUCUAAUAUUACUCAAUGGGCCUCUCUUACUAGACCCCAUCAGUAUUGCCUCAUUAAGUUGUCCGCCAUUUCACCCACCUGGCACCGCCUACGCCUUGUCUUUAUGACAUCAUGCUGAGGUUUGGCAUUGUGCAAACGGCACAAAAAGCAGACAUAGAGAGAGGAUCUCACGUCAUUUUCCCCUCCUUUUUCAUAUUUUACG